AUGCCUCCAUACAAAACCCCCGCCCAAGUCCCUCCAGCGGGAACCGCCCUAUCUCCAUCUCCGCCCACUUUAUUCUCUCCACUCACAAUCCGCGACAUCACGUUUCAAAACAGAAUAUGGGUCGCCCCCAUGUGCAUGUACAGUGCCAACGACGGACACCUCAGCGAUUUCCACCUUGUACACCUCGGUGCAUUUGCCUAUCGCGGAGCAUCCCUCACCAUUAUUGAAGCGACAGCCGUGCGACCCGAAGGACGUAUCUCCCCUGGAGAUGCUGGAUUAUGGAAAGAUUCACAAAUCGCGCGCUUUAAACGAGUGGCGGAUUUCGCGCAUGGGCAGGGACAGAAAAUUGGGAUUCAGUUGGCGCAUGCGGGACGGAAGGCUAGUACGUUGCCCCGAUGGAUGGCACCUAGGGGCGGAAGUGCGGUGGCGGAGGAAAGUGAUGGCGGGUGGCCGAAAGGAGUUAAGGGGAUGAGUGCUUUGAAGUGGGGAGAGGGCUAUGCGGAACCUAGUGAGAUGACGAUUGAGGAGAUUCAGGAUGCUAUUGAUGGAUUUCGAGACUCUGCAAAAAGAGCUGUGGAGGCGGGUAUUGAUGUUAUUGAGAUUCAUGGUGCUCAUGGAUAUCUAUUACAUUCAUCAUUGAGUCCGAUUACGAACAAGAGAACGGAUCGAUAUGGAGGAAGUUGGGAAAACAGGACUAGGAUGAUGAUUGAGACGAUCAAGGCAGUAAGAGAAGUUAUUCCAGAGGGAAUGCCUCUAUUGCUUAGAAUCAGUGCUACGGAAUGGAUAGAUGAUGUAGAGAGUUGGGAUGUACCUGAUACCAUCAGAUUAGCCAAGCUGCUUCCAGGACUCGGAGUCGAUCUCCUCGACGUCAGUUCAGCAGGCAAUUCUCCCACCCAGAAGAUCGGCAUGCACACUGAUUAUCAAGUAAGUAUCGCAGGCGAAAUCCGCGCCGCGUUGCAUAAAGAUGGGAUCAAAGGUCUGAAGAUCGGAUGUGUGGGUAUGAUUACAGAAGCGGAGGCGGCAAAAUCGCACGUGGAGGAUAAAUCGACAACAUAUUCGAAUGCAGGGGAGACGGUGGAUGUUAAGGAUGAACAGGGGAAAAUAGCUAAGGCAGAUUUUGUUUUAGUUGCAAGACAAUUUAUGAGGGAACCGGAGUGGGUUUUUAGAGUGGCGUAUAGAUUAGGAGUGGAUGUCAAGUGGCCGGUUCAGUAUAUGAGAUCAGGUUUUUUGAAAGGUAGUACUAUCUGA